CAGAGAGACCCUGGUUCUUCUUGCUGUUCCUCUGAUGAAUGAUUUCCUCUCCCAUCACCGUAGAUGGAUUUCUAUGUCUUUCCAAAUAUCCGGAGGCGCUUCAUGUCCACUGAUGCUGUUGCUGUUUGCUCACUAAUGUUCUCAAACAAAUCUAUAUGGCCCUCACUGAAUAACUAGAUUUAUAUCUCAUUUAAUUACUCACAGAUGGACAGUCUGAAGGUAACUGGCUGCACAGGAUUUUAUUUAGAUGCACCAGAGUAAAUGGGGAAUAGAAUUAAAAUGCAGCAAACAUGUGAAAAAACAGAACACGUUAAAAAAAAAAAACACACACACACAUUUUCCUUCCAGAAUAUUCCAAAGUAUCAGUAAUAAACAUGAUGUAAACCAUCUCCUCCACCUGUGUGUUGGUGGAGCUCUUGGAGGCGGACUGCCUUACACGUCCCAUCAUCCAUCCAUCACUGCUCCCAUCCAAUCAGCUGCGGCCUGAUGGGACCUGCUGGAGAAGUGAAACUGUUUUUCUUCUCUCAUCCUUGGAUACCUUGAGAAGGGAGCGCACAUCUGCCUGUUUGCCGUGGCCGUGCCGCUUCUGGUACCCCGACCUGGGCCUGAUGGAGAACACCCGCUGCUUCGCGAACCGCUUCUCCGACUACAGAGGCGCGCUGCUGCCGGGCCAGAGCGCCGAGACCGUCCUCCCGGCGGUCGUUGCCAAAAUUGACAAAAUCCUAAAAAAGAUCCCGGUCGACAUCAGCGACUGCGAUGGAGGGCUGUACGACGGGCCGGCCGGAGUCGCUUACAUGCUGUACCACGCCAGCGAGUGUCCGCUGUUCUCCGAGCAGCGGGACGUCUACCUGAAGACGGCCAAGCAGAUCAUCGACGUGUCGGUGAGGUACGCGGACGCGGAGCCUGACCAAAACAUGCGAGCCGCCUUCCUGCUCGGCGGGGCGGGCAUCUACGCCGUGGCCGCGAUGAUAUACAAGUCCCUGGGCUUGGCGGAUUUCGUAAAGCCGCUGACCAAGUUUCGGAACCUGUGGGAGGUGUGUGCGCCCAUCAGUUUCCUGGAGUGCGGCUCGGACGAGCUGUUCGUGGGGAGGGCGGGCUACCUGUGCGCCGCUCUGGUCCUGAAGCAGAAGCUGGGCAUUGAGAUUCUGAGCAAAGAUCAGAUCAAAUCUAUUUGCCGAGCCAUCAUCGAGUCGGGAAAACAAUACGCCAGGAGGAAGAGGAAGCCUUUCCCUCUGAUGUAUUCAUACUACGGAACAGAAUAUCUUGGUGCGGCCCACGGCCUCUCUUCGGUGCUACAGAUGCUGCUCAGCUACCAGGAUGUCCUCAGCAGGGCGGAGAAGGACCUGGUGUGGCAGAGCGUCGACUUCCUCAUGACUCAGGAGCAGAACUGCAACUGGCCGGCAGAGCUGGGAGCAAUCAUAGAGAGGGAAAACGAGCUGGUGCACUGGUGCCACGGCGCCCCAGGCGUGGCGUAUCUUUUCGCAAAAGCCUAUCUGAUCAAUAAAAAGCCGCAGUACCUGGACACGUGUAUCCGCAGUGGGGAGCUCGUCUGGCAGAAAGGCCUGCUGAAGAAAGGACCUGGCAUUUGUCACGGGGUUGCAGGCAGCGCUUAUGUCUUCCUCCUGCUUUAUCGCCUCACAGGCAAUUCCAAAUACCUCUACCGUGCCCAAAGGUUUGCAGAGUUUAUCUUCACCGAGGAGUUUAAGGCGGGCUCUCUCUCGGUCACCAGCGUCUACAGCCUGUUCGAGGGCCUUUCCGGGACCGUUUGCUUCCUGGUCGACCUUCUGCAACCAGACCAGUCAGAGUUCCCUCUGUUCAGCGUAUUUGUGUGAACGGAUCCAGCGUAGCGCUGUUUCCUGACCAGAACAGAUGUUAUAAUUUUUUACAAUAGAUGGAGUAACAUACACUGUAAAACCAGGACAGUAUGUGAGAGGGUUUCAGUUGGAAUAAAAAAUCUGAUGCAGUGGAAGAGAAAGUUUUUGUUUUGUGUGGACGUACACCUUGCAGGCUUUAUCAGAAUCACCAGUAACGUUUUCCGUUUCAGUUUAGUCAGCUAAAACAAGGGCUCACAGCCACUUAAACCUGAGAUACGUAUUUAUAAGUCUCCUUUGGAUUUCCCUUAUCUACAGAGAUAAGCAUGUGCACCAUCGACAGCCUAAAGUAAAUGAAAUCACAACUAAGUCAUGCAUACGCUCAAAUAUUAAAAACAAAAAAAUAAAACAUGAGUCACAUAAUGCCUUUGAAGUUUACACCAGCUAAGCAUCACACAAUGCAGUUAGUCUUUAGGGACACAAUCUCUCAAUUUGCUGUUGUCAAAACCUUAAAUAUUUAAAGAAUAAAGAAGUGGUUCAAUGACACCAAGCUUUCAGCGUUACUGAUAAAUGUUAGGGGUACAGCUGGUAAAUGUUGAGAUUAAUAUUUGUUCAUUGUUGUAACAGUUUCCCUUUGUUCUGUUCCAGCUGUGUGGCUGCUGUUUUCGGUGUUUCCAGCUCUGUUAGCCACCGUGUUGAAACUGUAAGACGUUGUAAUUUGUUUCACCCUGUGGAAAAUGAAAACAAUCUGAUCUGGGCUGUAAUUCUGUGAUGAGAAAAGAACAAAAAGAAAAGUCUGGUUUUCUUCUUAUUUUCCUUCAUAGUGAAUUUCAGAAGUGACUUUUUUCCAACUGUGUAACCGUAAAUAAUUGAUGUCCUUUAAUUGUCAUAAUGUGGCCUUACAAAAAUCAUUAUCAUUAAGUCUAAAAAUACAAAUGGAAGAUGCUUUGGCCAGCAUUUAUUGUGUGAACAAGUGGAUCACCUUAUUUAAAAAAAAAAAAAAAAAAACGGCCUGUGAACAACAGCAAACCAAAGCAGUUUCUGACGCUACAUGUGCCUGUCGCUCCAUAUCUCUAAGCUACAUGAGUGAGUGAAUGUUGUUGCAAUUACAGUCCAAACUGUUCAAAACAUCCACAGGAUUAUUGUUAAGUGUCCAGAUCAGAAAAUAAAUGAACAAAAUGAGACGGAUGCUCUGCUUUAUUCUGGCAACACAUAAUCUUGAUCACAAUGACAUGCUGUAUAUGUGCUAAGGCGUAUAAAAGCUGGGUUUUGUCGAAAUACGUUUCUGUAAUGUUCACUGAAUAAAAAUGUGAAUGGCUCUUUAAAA